UAUGGUGGUGUCACUCCCAAGGGGGGGUGCGGCCUGAGCGGCAAGGACCGUCCCUCUUGGACGGUGAUUGGACUCUCAAGAGCCGAUCCGGGUUAGGAUUGGUGCGAGGAGGGGCGAUGGCUGAGCCGAGAGUGGGGAGGUUGUGGCCUCAGAGGAGCCGGUGGGGCCUCGCCGCUCUCUCGCCCGCCGUACGCCCUCCGAGAGGGAAGGAGCUCGAAGACCUCUUACCUCAUCGCGCAGGAGCGGGGGUGGCGCUUGUCGCGUGUCUAGGGCGAGACCAGUGCGGGGAGGAGUAGCCAUAGAGAGCGUGAGAUGCAGGGGUCACGGAGAUGGGAAGACUAGCUGAGGAAGCGCAUCAGGGAAGGAGGCUUUGGGGGACAGAGGAGGGGUAGGUGUGUCUGGUAUGGGAUACCAUGGAAAGGAAGGGUCCCUACCACAGACACUGAGUAGAUCUGUGGAUGGUUCCUUGGAGGCAUCCCCUACUUCCCAUUUGCGCUUUUAUUUGCCAACAACAGAGUCCUCAUGGUCUCUGCUCAAGUUCUGGAAACUUUGCCUUUGGUUGAGGUUAAUCAGCAACUGCACUAUAGCGCUGUCCGAGGCCAUUUCUGGUAGUGGGCACAGACGUGGGAGAAUAUGUCAGAAAACAAGAAGCCGCUUCUGGGCUUCGUGCACAAACUCCCCAGUGGUCCUGCACUUGGGAACUCAGGCAAGACUCACUGCCCUCUGUGCAUGGGGCUUUUCAAAGCCCCCAGGCUCUUGCCAUGUUUGCACACUGUUUGCACCGCUUGUCUGGAGAACCUGGAACCCUUCUCAGUAGUGGACAUCCGAGGGGCAGACUCUGACACAAGCUCCGAAGGGUCAGUAUUCCGGGAACGCAAGCCUCAGAGUCUUCAGCGGCAGAUCGGCAUCCUGUGUCCGGUAUGUGAUGCUCAGGUGGACCUGCCCAUGGGUGGAGUGAAGGCUUUAACCAUAGACCACCUGGCCAUGAAUGAUGUGAUGCUGGAGAGUCUGCGUGGGGAAGGCCAGGGCCUGGUGUGUGACCUGUGCAACGACAGGGAAGUGGAGAAGAGGUGUCAGACCUGCAAAGCCAAUCUCUGCCACUUUUGCUGCCAGGCUCAUAGACGGCAGAAAAAAACAACUUAUCAUACCAUUGUGGACCUGAAAGAUCUGAAAGGCUACAGCCAAGUUGGAAAGCCCAUCCUGUGUUCUGCUCACCCUGCAGAGGAGCUGAGGCUGUUCUGUGAGCUCUGUGACCAUCCAGUGUGCCGGGACUGCAUUGUGGGGGAACACCGGGAGCACCCCUAUGACUUCACCAGUAAUGUCAUUCACAAGCAUGGGGACUCUGUGCGGGAGCUCCUCAGGGGCACCCAGCCCCAUGUGGAGGCCCUGGAGGAAGCUCUGGCUCAAAUCAAAGAGAUGAAUCGUACCCUCCAGGAGCGAGUGGAGGCAGUGGCGGCUGAUGUCCGAACUUUCUCUGAGGGUUACAUCAAGGCCAUCGAGGAGCAUCGGAACAAGCUGCUGAAGCAGUUGGAGAACAUACAGGUGCAGAAGGAAAACUCCCUACAGCUGCAGAAAGCUCAGCUGGAACAGCUGCUGGCAGACAUGCGGACUGGUGUAGAGUUCACCGAGCACUUGCUGACCAGUGGCUCAGACUUGGAGAUCCUCAUCACCAAGGGGGUGGUAGUAGAAAGGCUCAGGAAGCUGAACAGAGUCGAGUACAGCACCCAUCCUGGAGUAAAUGAUAAGAUAUGCUUUUCUCCUCAGGAGAAAGCAGGCCAGUGCCAUGGCUAUGAAGUUUAUGGGACCAUUAAUACCAAAGAAGUUGAUCCAGCCAAAUGUGUCCUUCAAGGAGAAGAUCUCCACAGAGCUCGGGAGAAGCAGACAGCCUCUUUCACCCUGUUUUGUAAGGAUGCUGCAGGAGAGAGCAUGGGCAGGGGAGGAGACAACAUCCAUGUUGCAGUAGUCCCUAAAGAUAAGAAGGACAGUCCAGUCAGAACAGUGGUCCAGGAUAACAAGGAUGGGACAUACUCUGUUUCCUACACCCCAAAGGAACCUGGUAUCUAUACCGUGUGGGUCUGUGUCAAAGAGCAGCAUGUGCAGGGCUCCCCAUUCACUGUGACCGUGAGGAGAAAGCGUCACCCACACCUAGGAGUGUUUCACUGCUGCACUUUCUGUUCCAGUGGAGGCCAGAAGAAUGCACGCUGUGCCUGUGGAGGUACCAUGCCAGGUGGGUACCUAGGCUGUGGCCAUGGGCACAAGGGCCACCCAGGUCGUCCCCACUGGUCUUGCUGCGGGAAGUUUACUGAGAAGUCUGAAUGCACAUGCACAGGCGGGCAGAGCACACCAAGGAGUCUGCUAAGAACUGUGGCACUCUGAUGAUUUCCUGAGUACGAGAUCAGCCUGGUAAAGCUGCAGAUUUCCAGAGGACUGCAGAGCUUCAUAAAUUCUGAAGAGACAGACAGAAUUUAAAAAAGAGCCUUAUCUGACAUUAGAGUUCCAGUGCUUUUUUGUGAGUUAUUCACUGGUUGUACUUGUGGAUUGUUGAGCACACAUUUCUCCAAAAGGUAAGUUGGCAGUGUUCUUUCCAUACUAUAGGAGGCUAUAUGUAUGGAGGGGUGUAUGCCAUUGGAAAUUAGAGAUUAUGGUAGGUGUAGUAAUUGAUUUCCUUACAUUCUGAUAUUUGAUAACCUUCUCAAUUUAUCCCUGAGCUACAUAUUAUUUAGCUAUUUCCCCCAGAGAAUGAAAACCUCCUUUUGUCCUAUCCACUUUUUGCUAGCUCAUUUUCAGUGGAAUUACUGAUACAUGUUUUGUGAUCAUUUCAAUGUGACUUUGAUGUUUCAGUGGGUGGCUCCUCCUCCCUUAAUGCACCAUGCUCAUCCCCAACUCACAUAUCCUACAGAAUUACUAUGAGGUAGAGGGCAUGCAAGUAGAAAGUUAAUGAAGGGGAAUGAGCCUGAAAUAGAUCUCAUACAUCUAUUGUAGUUCUUGUACCAAACAAUCUAGACAAUUUCAUCCUCCUCACUUCUCUUUGAUUUUUAGAUGGUAAUCUUUGCUUAUGUGUGUAUAUCUAGAAACUUAACUGGCAGCUUUGACUUACAUGGUAAUUUCUUAGCUGCUGAAGAGUUCUUCGGAGAGGAUGUAGAACUGGUACCUCAGUCCUGCCAAGGUCUUCUUUGUAUACAUUUUGUGUGUUCUGAGAUGCUUAAUUUUUUGUUUUUUGUACUGGGGAUUGAACCUUGCACUUGCAAGGCAGGCAGCGGAACCACUGAGCUAAAUCCCCGGCCCUGGGCCGCUUAAUUUCUUAAAUAGCAAUAAACUCAGCAUGUAUUAAAUAACAUUACUGAAAUUUGCAUCGUUGGAUUGCUUAAGUAGUAGGUGACUCAUGUGAGUGGUGAAUUGGGUCAGGCAAAGGACGUGAAGUAAUGAGAUGACUGUCAGAUCAUCAUGGAAUACAUUUCCUCCUUGAAACUGACAGAUGAGGGCUACAUUGGAGCCGUAAACACUAAGAUAGUGUCUAUAUUCUCAUCCUUUUCUGGAAACAUUCCCUUCAGUCUCUUUCUCUCACCAAAAUCUGAUCUUCCCAGAAAACAUUGCUGGCCCUGAUAUCCUCCAGCUGUUUACCCUUUCUGCUUAUAUUACUGGACCCAUGGUCAGGUGUCCUUUUAGCUCAUCAUUGCUGCUUUAAGACCAUGAUUCUCAACCAAGGGUGAUUUGUCCCACCCCCACCUCCAGGCAAAGAAUUAUCCAGUUGAAGAUAUCAGUAGUGCCAGUUAAGAAACUGUCUUCUAGACCAUUAUCCCUACAUCUAAACAUGGCCAGCCUUGAAACUCAUGCCUUUAAACUGUACAAUUUGCUAUUCAUCCAUGGUUCAACCAUCUAAAGAGCCCCAAAUCAUUGUUCCUUAUUCUUUGAAGAUUAUAGGAUCAAGCUUGCUAUCACUCCAGUACUGCUCUUCAUCAGUCUUCAAAUAAUUCAGUGCCCUCAUGGACUUCUUAGUUGUCCGACCAGUUCUCCAGUGUUCUUUUUUUCCCCUACCUAAUUUGUAUGAUCAGACCCUAGACCUUGAUUCCAUCUUUGCCUUCUGAUUCGUCUCCAUUUCAAGCAUCCUAUAACCACAGGCUCCCAUCUUUUGAGCUUGCCUGAUGUAAUAAUCUGACUCUACAAAUUCUUCUACUUCUUUGGAACCCAUAAUGCAGUGACUGCCCUCUUCUUACUGUCCCUCUCAUCCCCCCACUCCCAUGUCCUUCCCUUCAUCUUUCUCACCUAAAUUCUAGACUGUCAUAACCACUUUCGCAUACAAUCUGCCAUGGUCAUUUUUUUUUUGAAAGUCCAAGAUAAAGAUGCUGGUGGGAUUGGUUUUUGACAAGGUAUCUCUGUGGCUGAUAGGUGACAGCUUUCUCACCACAUCCUCACAUAGCCUUUCCCCUGUGUGUGUAUGGUCCUGGUAUCUCUCCCUCCUCUUCUAAGGAUACCUACAGCCCUGUUGGAUUAGGGCCCAUUUAACCUUACUGGACCCAAUUUAACCUUUACUUACCUUUUGAAAGGCCCAUUUUUCAUAUAUAUUGGGGAUUAGGGCUUCAGCUUUGGGGGACACAAUUGGUCCAUAACAAUUUUAUAUCUCCCUUUGGCACCCAAUUUCUGUGCUGUCCUAAGAACGGUAGUUUGCUGUCUAUAGAGCCCUCCUUACAUUGCCUCUGAAAUCUAAUCCAAUCAAUCUGUUAUCCUUAAGACUACUUUGUGAAGUAGUUCUUGUCAAGGUCACCAUGCAAUGUUACUUCUCAGUUGGUCUCCUUUUUGGCCUGUCACUAGCAUUUAGCAGAGCAGAUCACUUUUUCCUCCAUGAAGUAUUGUCUUUGCUUGUUUUAUGUGGGAUCACUCUUCUUAAUUCUGUCUCGUUGUUCCUUAUCUUCCUGUUCUCUACACAUCAGAGGGAGCCAAGGAUCAGUUUUUGCAUUUGCUUUUUCCUCACUCUCUAGAUGACCUCAUCCUAUACUGACCUUAAAUACUAUUUAUAUACUGAUGACUCCCAAAUUUAUCUCUCAGUCCAGUCUCUCUUGUAUUAGGUCCAAUAGCUUGCUUAACAUCUCCCCUUGCAUGUAUAAUAGGACUUGAAAUUUAAGAUGUUUCUAACAGACUUUCAGUUUCCAAUUCUCACUUCCAUUUGCUUACUACUACCAAACUGCUUCUCCUGCAGUCUUCUUCUCCUUAAAAGGAAACCAUAAGUACGACCUUAGAGCUGGUAGAGUCAAUAGCCUUGGAAACAUGCUUAAAAGUUCUGUCACCCAUUGUAUCCAAAUCCAUGGACAAAUCCUAUCAGCCCUACUUUCAGAAUAUAUCUGGUGAUCACUGGUGUCCAUCUUCAUUGCUAUCAUCCUAGUCUGGCAUACCAGGAUUUCUCACAUGAAGGUUUGCAACCCUCUUCUAACUAGUCUUUUUGUGUCUACCCUUACUCUUCACACUAUUCAUCCAAUAGUCAGAUCCUUUAAAAAUGUCAGCUCUUGUGAGUCUUCUGCUUGAAACCCUCCCAACUUACACUCAGAACAAAAGCCAGUGAUCAGUUUCACAUCAGUAUGAAUGACCAGCACAAUCUGGAUCCUUGCUCUUCUUUCAUUUCCUACACAUCCCCCUCCAUCACUCUAUUUCAGCCAGACUGGCCUGCCUGGUCCUCCUCAGACUCCAUAGCACUCCAUCCUGGGGCCUUUAUAAUCACUCUUCCUCCAUUUGAAAUGCACAUCUCCCAGAUAUUUACAUAGUUCACUGAUUUCUUCAGCUUUCUGUUCCAGUGUCCACUACCAUACUAUUAGAGAGGUCCCCAGUCGCCCUGCAACAUCCCACCCCAGGACUCCAUCUCACCCUCAUCACCAUCUAACAGAAAUAUUCUGUUUAGUGUCUUCCUUUUGGGAGUGUAAGCUCCAGGAGGGCAGGAAUUUGACAUUUAAUAACUACUGUAUUAUCCUUAUGUAGGACAUUUCUUUGAACAUAAUAGAGACUUUAAUAUGUUGAAUGAAUAAAGAUCUAAUUGUCAGCA